AUGGAGCGGCCCCGGCUCCCGCUGCCCCGGCUCCUGGCCGCCGCAGUGCUCGUGGAAUGCUGCGCGCGGCUUUGCCCGGCUCUGGACAGCGGGACGGGCUCCUCUCUGAGCGCUGCCGACCCCUGCGCCCUCCUGGGCACCGCGACGGGGGAGCGCUGCCAGACAGGUCGCCCGCAGCCGGGAGCUGGCACGGGGCAGCCGCCGACACCGGGGGCCGUGGGGCAGCUGUGGACAGAGGCUGAACUGCUGCCCUUCCCUGGGACCCCCGGCGGGACAGCCGAGCUCCCCAGCCCGCAGGAGAGCCCCAGAGGCACCGGGCUGGGCAGGGAGGGGACAGGGCCGGCGGUGCCGGGGGGCGCAGCCACCGAGCCCAGCCUGGUCUCUGCGGGCAGGGAGCGGCCAUCCCCGGCCAGGCUGGGGGUGACCGCUGCAGGGGCCCCAGCCCCUGGCGAGGUGGGCACUGCAACCACGCACCCCCCGGGCACUGACCCUGGGGGACGUGUGACAGUGGAAGGUGCCACCACCGCGCAGGGGACACUUUCGUAUUCACCACCCUCUGCCACAGUGCCAGGUUCUGCCAGGGGACAGUGGAGGUCCAGCAGCACCCUGCUGGGGUGGAGGGCCGCUGGGACACCCCUCGUGCAGAGCCAGAAUGACACUCUCCAGCUGGGCGACAGCAGCCCAGGGACCCGCCCGAGCACCGUGCUGGCCGCUGACAGCUCAGCACCAGGGACAACAGGGACAUCACCCUCAGCCUUUGCCGGGGGGCUGCAGAGGCUGCUGACCCCCACAGGGACACAGCAGGGGACACACUGGGGCCUGCCAGGGCUGUCAGGAGGACAGGGCUUUGCUUCCCACCCACGGGAGGGUCCCCGCUCUGCCCCUCACCCCUCUGCACUGCCCCUUGGCCCUGGUGGGAGCCCUCUGGCCAGCACGGCCUGGCCAGCUGUGGGGACAGGCCCAGCCUUGCUGCCUGCCACGCGCAGGGGCUCAGCUCUGCCUCUCCCCACUGCCAUGGCCAGCACCCCAGGGGUGACGUCUCCUGGCCAGGAUGGAGCUCUGGACCUGACCACAGGGGUCUUGGGCCCACUUGGCAGGGGGGCUCCCCCUGAGCACGGUCACAUCCCCCUGAGCCCAUCAGCCAUCCCGGAGCAGCCCCCUGGCCCCCUGGCCCCUGGCAGCCCCGCUGUGGCACAGGGUGGGGUGACACACGCCAGCCCUGGACCCUCCCACAUCCCCUCGUCCCCACAGUCUGCCCCAGGCCGUGGCUCUGCUGUGACCCUGCUGUCGACCCCGCUGCCUUCCCCAGGGACCAGCUGGGGGGUCCUGGGAUUCGGCCCCACUGUGGGCACCCCUCCAGGAGACCCCUCCCCAGGGCUGCCCCAUUCCAGCUCGAGGGUGGGUCCUGCUGAGAGCCCUCCAUCCCUGGGGGGGACCCAGGUGGGAGUGGGCAGCCUGGCACCCCCCUCAGCACCUGGGCCUCCCCAGCAGCCAGCUUUGUCCCAGCCUGCACCUUCCCUGGGACCGACCGCUGCUGUUGGCGUCACCAGCACCGGUGUCACUGCCACCAUCACAACUGCCACCAGCCCAGAAAGGCUCGGGGACGUGGGCACAGUCGCAGCAGAGCGUGCUGCUGUGCUGCAGAGGGGUGUGCAGGGGGUGACAUGGGGAUCCCCAACUCAUGUGCCCACUGUGAUGCCCGGGCCCCCCCAGCAGCCCACAGAUUCCCAUGGUGGGGGCCCUGGGUCCCCCCCAGCUGCUGUGGACACAGACCUGGCCCAGCCAUCGAGCAGCCCCAGAGGGGGGACAGACACUGAGACCCCCCAGGUGGCACUGGCUGGGGUGGGCAGGGCCCCCCAGGUGUUCAUCGUGGAAGAUCAGCCCCCGCUCCUGAGAGCAUCCCUCGUGCGCAUCCCCUGUGAGCUGGUGCUGGACGUGGGGUUCGUGCCGGCCCUGCGGGACCCCGGCUCCCAGGAGCGCCGGGAGCUGCUGCACAGCUUCAACCAGACGGUCGCUCCCCUCUUCACGGCGGUGCCGGGCUUCCUGCGGCUGGAGGUGACAGGGAUCAGGGAGGGCAGCGUGGUGCUGCGCUACGACGCGCUGUUCGCGGCGGAGCAGCUGCCGGUGCCGGGGCUGGACGAGCUCCUGGAGGCCGCGCUGGGCUCCGCCCGUGCCCGGCCGGGGCUGGCGGUGGGCUCGGCCCCCGUCCUGCGCCACGCGGCUCUGGCCCGGCCGCUGGACCCCUGUGCUCUGCUCUUCGCCUGCCCGUCCGGCUUCGCCUGCGUGUCCAGGGCGGACGGGAACGUGACCUGCACCUCCCUCUGCCACCGUGCCUACUGCAAGAACCACGGCAUCUGCUCCCACGCCCGCGACCAGCAGCCCCGCUGCCAGUGCCCCGUGGGCAGCGAUUUCUGGUUCAUGGGGCUGCGCUGUGACUACCGGGUGACACAGCAGGGCCUGCUGGGCACGGCGGCCGGGGUCCUGCUCAGCAUCGUCCUCCUGGGCGCCGUCCUCGCCGCCGUCGCCGUCCGCCGGUUCAAGGCGCUGCUGCUGGAGGCCAGGGCAGACCAGACCCGCAGCAGCUACCGGCGUUUCUGCCGCCUGGACGACGUCUCGGCCCAGUACUGGUCCCGCUCGGGGCUGCCCUCGGCCAGCUCGCUGGACAACCCGGCCUUCAGCAACUCGGAGGAGCUGCUGCACCUGCAGGUCCUGGACGGCGGCUGCUGCGGCUGCCGGGGGCACGCGGCCGUCACCGACGGUGCCAAGCGGGGCCCGGGGCCCGGCGCCCGCCCGCAGCGCCAGCCCAGUUUCCAUUACGACUGGGACACCAGCUCCAGCAGCAUGAAUGACCCCAUGGUGGACUCGGGGAAAGCCAGCGACAUCUCGGUGUCGAGCUGGCCCAUGGAGCCCAUCCAGUGGGCUCCCUUCCCUCCCCACCAGCUUUCCAGGCAGCGACCGCACAAGGCCCGCUGGCCGCAGUCGUCCUGCGAGGGGCUGGAGCUGGGCACCCUGGAGCGGAGCUGGACGGCCUGAGGCCAUGAAACAGACGGACACGAGCUUCAGCGUUAAAACCAACCACAUUUUAUUUCCACGUAACGAGCUCAGUGAAGGAAUCCACACACUUGGACGAUACAAUCAACGCGGGUGUGAUGUCAGUGAUGUCAGUGAUGUCAGUCCCAGCGGGGCAGCGCCUGCCCCGCUUCCUGUCCGCGCCUCGCGAGCUCUGGCCGGGACUGCGGGCUCCAGAGCAGGCAGAUACAGAGAGGUGUCAGGACACACAGUGCUGGCAUCCACCAGGUCAUGACUUUUGGGGGCAGUCUGGGCAGAAAGGCUGGCGGUUCUGGAGGGCACAUCACGCUCCGGACGCAGCAGCUCUGCCCCACGGCCGCCGCAGGACGAGCUCAGCCGCGCCGGAGGGAGACACACGGAAGCGCUGCUGCGUCGUUCAUGGUUCAUGUCAAUGAGGUAUAAACACCGGGAUGUUGUAAGCAUUAAAGUUUAUUUUCCAAAAUGCUCUCCUUA